AUGUCCCUUAUCGCUGUCAAUCGAUACGUUACGAACUUUGCGACCAAGAGCUUCUACGAAACGCGCACCUCUCACACGAACCUCUCACGCGACAUGGAUAUAAUUAAUGACUGCGUCAAGAGCUUAUCGGAAAUCCAUAAGAUACGACAUCUCGGGAAUCUGCCCGUCUGGCAAAAGGUGGAACGUUGGUUCUCACAGCCUUCAGGCCAUAAUCUGACUGCUAGAGAACUUGCCGCAGAAAUUGAAGUUGGGAGUCAUUUUUGCUUUAACCGCAUUGCGUUUAAAGACAUAGUUCAUGCCUCGCUUAGGUAUCCUGCACCUUCAGUAGAGUGGUUUCUACAACAACAUCGAGCACUCUACUCCCUUCUUAAAGAGUACCUAAGUGUUAACAAAAACAAAACUCCUCUAUAUAUAGAGGUGGAAGAGGACCUUCGAAGACAGAGUCUAUUUGCGCAUCGAGCCUUGGUCCAGUGUCUACUUGAGGUCGGAUACAGCGUAAAUCCCGUAUCUACAUCAACUAGUUUAAGUUUUAAAUAUAUCGCGGGACCUAUCCAACGCCUCUUUAAGGAUUACAAUUAG